AUGAAUCUGGCAGUUCUUGAAUCAAAUGUCCUGCCUGAUUUCGUCGAAGACAAGCUCGAAGGCGAUGAAUUCACAGUCAUCAACUUGAGCAAACAUGGAACAUUCCUCGCUACUGGAUCACUAAAAGGAAUAGUUCAAGUUUGGGAUUUUGAUACUCGCCAACCAAUACGAAGUCUCGCUGCUCAUGCUGCUCAAGUCACCGCCGUCAGCUUUGAGCGAUCUGGAAGAUACCUGUUAUCAGCAUCUCGUGACUCAAAUUGCAUCUAUUGGGACUUGUAUGAUGGAUCCAUCAAGUUCCAAAUUGCCUUCAACUCUCCCAUCUUGUGGGCUCAGAUGCAUCCAAAAGAAAAGCAAUUCGCGCUGUCGCCAUAUCUAGAAAAUCCUCAAAUCGUAGAUCUACCAGAUUCUCCUGAUGCCAAACUUAUACGCCAUGUGGUCAAGAUCAGUGCGGAACCAGACUUAUCAACAGAUCAAACCAUAUCCACUGAUCGUGUAUAUAUCACAACGGGAUCUUUUGAUCGCAAAGGAGAAUACCUGUAUCUCGGAAAUAGCCAAGGAGCGAUUUCGGUUCUGCAUGUGAAGUCUCUGACGAUCACCACAAGUAUUCAGAUAUCAGAAUCUGCUGUAAAAAGUGUUGACCUCAAUCCUUCUCGAACGCAAGCUGCUAUAUGUACAGAUUCGCUCAUGACAGUCUCGAUACAGCACCUUCCUGACAAACCUAUUCAACUCCAAUUACUUCGUCAACUUGAACAAGUACCGAAUCAGACUGUAUUCACAAACUGUGGAUAUAGUCAUGAUGGAGCAUAUAUAUAUGCAGGAUCUGCGGCACCAGGUCAACACAACAUUUAUAUGUGGGAAACAGAGACAGCCUUCUUGAUCAAAGGUCUCGAAGGUCCUCGAGAGGAUUUAUUGAAUGUGAUGUGGCAUCCCAAACGACCAACAUUGGUCUCUGUAUCUAGCGAAAAGUGUAUAUACGUGUGGGGUGGAGAUUACCGGGACGCAUGGGCAGUUGUCUUGCCAGGUUUCAAACAGAUAGACGAGUGUCAGCAGUACGAAGAACGAGAAGACGAGUUUGAUAUUGUUGUCGAGGCUCCACGAGCACCUGUUCCAGGAAAUGACGAGUUCGUAGAUGUCGACACAAUGGACUCUGAUGAUGAUGAAUAUGGUCAAGAUAUGGUUCUCCCAAUACUAUUGGAGCCUGAUAUGGACUUGGAAAUGGUGGAAGCUCCAGUUGUCAGGAAUCCAUGGUUGGUCCAGGUUGCUCCAAUAUUGAAAAACGAGCCAGUGAUUGUGGAACAGCCCGCAGACAGUGGGGAUCAUGUAGAUAAGAAGGGAGAUCUUCCUGUGGUGGAACCUCCGUCGCGGGAUCUAUCGCAUGUUGAGCAGGAAGACGAUGAUAAUGAUAUAAUUGACGUGGAGGCUUUUUAG